UCAAGGUCGAUAACGAUGUCUUGUAAGUUAUUCAGUUUUCUUUCCAAUGGAUCAGCUUGGACGGAUUGAUGAACUUCCCAGUGUGGAAGAUGUUUUCAAGUACAGUUAUGAAGUGUACCGGAACUACUCACUUGAUGUUUUAAAGUACAAAGAGUUUUGUCAGUAUGGACUAGCAGAAAGCAUUAAAAAAGUUCAUGAUUGGUGUAUACAUCUACAAUGUUUGAGUGAAACUGAUCCAUGCUCUCCGAUGAAUAAUACGGAGUUCGAAAAAAGAUCAAUCACUCCAGUCACUUCAUCAUAUCAUAAUAUUAGUCUGCCAGUGGAGGAAUCAUUACCAAACUCAUCGAUAUCGGUUUUUGAGUACAUGCAACAUAUUGGGAAUAAUAUAACCGGGUGUUAUGAUGACUAUAUAUGUGAUAAGCCGUACAACAGUUAUCCAAAUCAUUGUAUUUUGGGCGUUGUUUGUUUCACUUUAUGCUUAUGUGGAAUUAUAAGCAACAUAGUUCUUUUCCCAGCUUAUAACUUUGGAUUAAAUCGUUCUGGAGCUACUGUUUAUUUGAGUGCAAUGGCAAUAUUUGAUUGUGUCUUCAUGGGAGUAUCAUUAUUAAUUAGUGUUGUUCAUUACCUACCAUCAUCAUUUGCUGAACAAAUGGAAAUGUAUGGACAAUUUUCUGGUUACUUGAUUCCAUAUGGUCUGCCUGUCACACAGAUAUGUGAAUUGUUAGUUGUUUGGUUAACCAUAGCCCUACUAAUCAACCGACUGCUUUAUCUGAAUUUGGGCCCACACUCCAAAUCGUUAUGUUCACAACUUGAAUCUGUGAAAAUUGUAAUAGUAGUGUUUUUCCUGUGUGUUGCAUAUAUGGGAUGCAAAUUUUUUGAGUAUACUUAUUUGGAAUAUCCAGAAAAAAUGGUUGUACGUGUUUUACUUACCCAACUUGGCAAAACGGAGAUGUUUCGGGAUUUGAUGGAUAACUGGUUAAAAGUUCCACUUGAAAUGUUUUUACCAUAUUUGGCUUGUGGAUUGUUAAUAACUAAUAUCGUCUUAAAAAUGGUCAAUUUACAUACAUCAAAGUGGAAGGCUGUAGCUAGUUUAUGCAAUGAAACUGCUUGUGCAUGUGUUUGUCGAACAGGUGUGUGUGGUAACGAAUGUCGCGAAGGUGUAAAACCAGACGAUCUAUCUAAAUCUUGGUCAUCUGAUUUCAAUAACCAAGGAAAAUCUGGAAAAGUACCAACUACAAAACAGCCCACUCCUGACAAGAAUGAUACUCCUCAAAAAUCAUUAACUAGUACCAAUCAUAAUGACAAAUUUUCUAACUUGGAUUCAAUUGAACAAGAAUUAGCCUAUUUAUUCUUUCAAUUGCCUCAAUUAGACGAAACACGCGAAAAUGCUAAUGUUAUAACAGCAGUUUGUAUUGGACUCAUUUUAUUAAUUUGUAAAAUUCCAAAAUUUCUUCUACAUGUAAUUUCAACUGAGAAUUAUAUCACUUAUGAUUCAGAAGUAUUUAGAAUGAUCGAUCACUUAUUAGAUACAAUGUUUGCUGCAUGUAAACCAUUAAUCUGUAUACUAGUCGGAGCACAUUAUCGACAAGUUUUAACAAUACCAUCAACAUGUUGUUCAUCCAAUGAUACUAAUAUCAAUACUGUUACAACUACAACUACUGUUACCAACAUCAGAGGUGAUACAUUAAACAUUAAAGACAAUAAUAAUAAUAAUAAUAAUAACAAUGAAGUAUCAUCAAUGAAUAAGAAGGAAGUAGACAGCAAUCAGAAUGAGAUUAUUUAAUAUUGACAAUGAUGCAUCCAAGUAAUAUUAACAGCUCAUUCUAAUCAUAAAAUAAUCUCAUGCAUUAUAUGAACAAGGAAUUUUUAUUUUAUUUCAUUGAUUUAUUUUAUUACAAUCAACUAAAUGAUAUUUCUUUGUUGAUGUUAAUUGAUUAUUCAUACUCUUCAUUUAUUUUAGCAUUGAUUCAUGUGUGAAUUGAAUCAGGUAAUUUGCCAGAAGUCAUUUAGUCAUAUUUCUUUUUGUCGUUGUUGCCAUAUUACUACUAAUCAAUGUAGUCAGCGUAGAUUUAUUGUUUUUUUUCUUCCUCUAUUGACUUGUUAUUUACAUUCUGAUUUUUUUUUCAAUGUACUACUUUAUUUCGUGGUUUUUAGAAAGAUAUCUGUGCUUUUACUAUCUUGUUAAUUUCGAUUUAUUAUUAUGGGUUUUCUUUCCACGGUUCUACGUUUAAAAAAAAUAGAAGACCACUUUCUUCUC